UUGGGGCACACAUGUGAGGUGACCAUUGUAGCGCGCGGUGCACCGUCAUCGAGGUGGGAAGAUUCAAAUCGGUCGCACGCCACAGCUACUCGUAGUCGUUUGGACACUGCGCUCUGGGCGAGGGAUGUUUUAUCACGGCAGGUCCACAUGGAAACACUGGAGUGUGGGUGAGAGAUCAGCGGUCGAGGCAGGGGCCAAUGACGUCACUUCCGUUCGACGAAUUGCACCAGGGAAUGUGCCCACCCCUCGAUCUGCAAUUGUCUUCGGGGGUUCGGGGGGUCGCCCUGCCGCGUCACUAACGCUUAUCAUCAAUCCCGCCAGCCGUUCGGAGGGAGACGUGUCAGACGGACAGUCGGCUUGGCGGCCGGAUGCUGCGAGCUUGCAGCCAACAGCCGCACCUGCCAACACCAACAUUCAUGCAGGUCCGACGGUGACGCGACCGACGACAAGGGUUUGGGCAUCGUCGGAGGGUAGGCAAGCCAAUGUCGUGGACGACAUCAUCGCCAAGGUGUCCACGAUGCUCGCCAUGAGUGACGGAGAUGGCAGUGGCGGUGGGGUUGCGGACUGUGAAAUCGUGGAAGAUGCAGCAGCAGACGACGUAGAGGAGGAAAAUGACGAAGUCGACGCUGAGGAGCCAUGGCCUACGACAAAGAGUCAGAAGAAAACACCGGCGAGGAAACCAGCUCCGAAGGGGCUUGAAGGGGAAGGCCAAAGAAGGGGGUGGCGAGAGCGGCAGGGGAAGGAUAAUAUGGAUGUCGUGCUGUGGCCGUUGAAGACUGUCCACAUCUCGGGGGCGGGAGGGGGGGUGGAGCGGGAGUGCAGUGUCUGCAAAUGGGUCGACAAGGAACAUUCCACAUCGCCCUUCGAUCGACGACCAUCUCAGGCGGCGGGGAUGGACAUCGUCAUCUGUUGUCGCGGCGUGGUGCUUAACCGCACUGUCGUCUUCUACGAGUAUCAACACAGGAGAGGCAACGCACACGGAAGGGCAAUGGAAUUCGAUCAUCAUGUCAACCAUAAGGACUUUCGGUAUUACGAAGCGGACGCCAAUGCAGUGACAUGUCUUGCGGUGGUCGUAGGGUUCGGAUUCAGUCGACGGGCGCUUCGCAAAGUCAUCAUGCACAUCACGAGGGUUGGGACGGCUGUGCCGACCAGGUUCAUUGGCGGAGUGGACGUAUUGGCGGAGAUGAUGCGCAUGAUAAUCACGAAUUUCGGCAUGGAGUUCCGUGACCGCAUGCACCACCCGGUCACGUACACGGUGGUCCUUCAUGUGCCUUUUGAGCAGAGGGACGACCUGCAUGGGGAUAUCGACAUUUUGAGGGAGGGUAUGUUAUGACAGACGUCGUCGUUUGCUCUCUUUCUGUUGGGGCAGACUACCGGUACUUGUCAUUUGUGAA